UGCCCACAGCGCAAGCGAGACACAUUUGCAUUGACGAGGAGCGCCCAGACUUUGCGCACACCGACUGAAGUUUUGAGUUUAAGUUGAACUUCCAGCGUUUCCAGUCACCGGCUGGUGGAUCAUGUUCAACGAGGGCGAAAGAGAAGAAGCAAAAUAAAGCAGCCGACCUGGAUGUGACUCAUAUAAAUUAUGCUUCUGACUAUGAUUUACUGACUGGGAGUGCGCUCCUCCGGGCUGUGGUGGAUAUAUGGUUGAGUCCAGAACCCAUAACAUUUGUAUUGUAAUAAGCUUCGGUGGACCUUACUCAUAACCAUUAUGAUGGAGAGCCACAUGUGUUGGACAUGGAUGCUGUUGUGUCUGCUCCUGCGGCCGUCGGCUGGACAGAACCCCGCACCUGAAGGAGUGCUGAACUGCUGCGAGGGUGACGUCCUCUUCUUAUUGGAUUCCUCAGGGAGCGUGUCGUCCUACGAGUACUCCCGCAUGCUCACCUUCCUGUCCGAGCUCCUCCUCCCCUUCUCCCUAGGAGAGGACCAGGUGAGGGUAGGACUUCUGCAAGUCGGCACCCAACCACGCCUUGAGUUUGGCUUUGACACCCACAGCACCCAAAGUGGUCUCCAGGAGGCCUUGAGGAACACCAAACCUCUCAGGGGGGACACCAACACAGUGGAGGCGCUGAGAAUUGCAAAGGAACGGGUGCUGAGACCCGGAGCGCCGGAUGGGGCUCGGGCGGGGCUCCCAAGAGUGUUGGUGUGGUUGACUGAUGGGGUGAAACCUGGUGAUGUGAUUGGACCAAUGGCCGAGCUGCAGGAGGAGGGCGUGGCUGUGUUGGUGGUCUCCACUGGGCAUGGCAACUAUCUGGUGUUGAGAGAAGUGGUGACCCCGCCUGUGGAAAACCACCUGUACUUUGUGGACAUUGAUGAUAUGAGUAUCAUCACAGAAGACUUGCGGGACGCCAUCAUUGAGAUUAUCCGAGCUGAGCGAAUCAACGUCCGUGACGUCUCCUCCAACUCUGCCACGCUCCAGUGGCGACCUGUUCUGUCCGGUUUGAACGGCUACUACGAGGUACGCUUCGGUCCGGUUCCGACCGGAGGAACGGGAGGUGGUGGAGGAGGAACUGGGACCAGUCCGAGCACCGGUGGCGGUCAGUUCCAGAGACUAACCCAGUCUGCAGAUUCCAGCACUGCCAGGCUAACGGGCCUGAAGCCUGACACCACCUAUACCGCCACACUGACCCCGGAGUCCAAUGACCAAGCAUUUAACACACUGUCUGUCACCUUCACAACGAAGCCAGAGGUGAUGAGCCCGGCUGUGGUAACGAUCUCUGAGUCGGGGGACACCAGCGUUCGGGUUAGUUGGGGUCCUCUCCAGCCAGAGACGGUCACAAGUUACUACAUCGAGUACUCAGCCCUGCCCAGGGGCAAACUCCACGCCACCACAGUGAGCCGAACGCAAAACUCAACACUCCUCAGAGACCUCCAACCGGAUACCACUUACUUGGUCACCGUCACUGCCCUGCACACCUCGGGCAAGGAGAAGGCCAUGUCUGUCAAAGUGUGUACUCAGGAAGCGACUCCAGCCCUGGCAGACCUCCAGCUGACCACAGUGGGUAGUGACUCAGUGCAGGUUGACUGGAAGGUCAGUGUAGGCGGUCUGAGGGGCUACUGGCUCACCUGGGAAGAACAGCAAAGCUCUGUCCCCGGCCAGCGUUCCUCCCUCUAUUUGCCGCCCGACUCUUUGUCAACACGCCUCACACACCUCCCCCCAUCGGCUAGAGUGUGUGUGUCGCCCAUUUACCGGACGGCGCGGGGAGAGGGACUGUGUUGCACGGCGCAGUUUCAUUCAGAUGCAUCAGCAUACGACUACCAGUCAUAGCACCUCUGACCUGCAAGUGCACCUUACCAAACAUGGAGGGACGAUGGCAAGAAGAAUGCUGACUUUCAUCCACAAUUCUUUCCCCUGCCUCUCCCCUCUGUGGAUAUAAUCCAGGAGAUAUGUGUGGUUUGGCUUACUGAGCACGCAUGUGGAAUCCAUAGACGUUUGAGAGUGGUCUGGGACAGUAUGGCCACAUGUUGACUGCUACAAUCUGCAACACAGAGGACUAUUUGCUUUUCCAUUUCUAUUGUCUCAUCUGGUUUACACCUGUAGUAUAUGUAUAUUGCUUCGUUUUAAAGAUGCAAGCUAAAGAUAAAGAUAUUUCUUAGGUCUGGUUUGCAGAUAUUGAGCAGAGCCUGCUGGGAAUAUAAGAUGUUUAAUGUGGCUUGUUUUGGAGAAAGGCUUUGCACCAUAUGUGGGCCUCAUGCCCAAAUCAGCAUUUAAAAAACAGUCCUGCUAACACUCAGAACAUCUGAUUUACAUUUAUAAUAAAUACUUAUGAAAUGUACUUAAAUUACUUCUCUUUCAGCACAUGCUUGAUACUCGUGUGUGCACACUGGAGUGCAACAAGGGAACGUUAACAUGCGGUCCCUAAUAACAGGAUCUUCAGGAUCGCUUUGAACUUUGAAGAAAUUACGAACAGACCAAGCCUUAUGCCCUGAAACUACGGAGAUGCUGCAUAUGAUACAGAUGUGUGUAACUGAGAGUAGUCUUGUAUUGGUCUCUGGACAUAGAUUCAUCAUCCAUAUUUAUUAAUUAACAGUCAUGUAAGUAUGAGAAUUAAUAGCGUUAAGUUUUUACAGACGUGCUGUUUACAUUUUAAGACUGUUACCUUUUUUAAGCCAAUCUUUGCUGCCCCCUACUGAUAGCAUCCUUACAGGCUUACAGCUGAUCUUUUACUGUUAUCCCCUCAGAGCAAAUGUACUGUUUCAUGUUUGUUGACCACUAUUGAAAUUUAACAUGAGCUUGCAAUAAAGUCCUAAUAAUUUUGUUUA